UAGUCACCGUUUGUUAUCUCGAUUUUCAUUGGCCCACUUCGUGAAAAUUUGGGGGUGUGUCUGAAAAUGUCCACGUGAAGUUAUUGUCGACAUUUUGGCGGUCAAGUUCUCCCUUUCUAGUCGUCUUCAAGAAGACAGCCACCUACAGCAUUGUUGAGGAUGUCAGGAGGUAAGCUGCUGGUCCGCGGGGCGCGGCAGGCGGUGCUGGUGUGCCGGGCGGGGGAGAGGGCGCUGCGCGGGGAGGAGAUGAAAACACUCGCCUCGCUGGAACAGGACGGGGACAACGGGGUCAGCCUGGUCGUCGGAAGCAAUGGACUGAUAGAGGCAGUUGGACAUGAUGCAGACAUACAACAGAAGUAUGGCAGCACCAAGUUUGACAGAGUCAUAGAUGCAGCUGGGAUGAGUAUAUUACCUGGUCUGAUUGACGGCCACACCCACCCAGUCUGGGCAGGGGACAGGGUCCACGAGUUUGCCAUGAAGUUGGCCGGUGCCACAUAUAUGGAGGUCCACAAAGCCGGCGGAGGAAUCAACUUCACCGUGGAGCACACGCGGCGCGCCUCGGAGGACGAGCUGUACACACUGUUCAGGGACAGACUGCUGCGGAUGGUCCGGGCAGGCACCACACUGGUGGAGUGUAAGAGUGGAUAUGGGUUGGAGGUAGAAACAGAGAUGAAGAUGUUGAGGGUUAUACAGAGAGCCAAGAGAGAACUGCCCAUCGAGAUAUCCAGUACCUUCUGUGGAGCACACUCAGUACCAAGGGGUAGCACCAUGGAGCAGGCCACUGAUGAUGUAAUCAACGUACAGUUGCCACGGUUACGAGAGUUGAUGAAGUCAGGUGACCUGGAGGUGGACAACAUUGACGUGUUCUGUGAGAAGGGCGUCUUUGAUGUGGACUCCACAAGGAGAAUUCUCCAGGCCGGUGUGGAGACAGGUUUAGCCAUCAACUUCCACGGUGAUGAACUCCAUCCCAUGAACUCAGCUGAGUUGGGUGCUGAGCUGAAGGCUCGAGCCAUCAGUCACCUGGAGGAGAUCAGUGAUGCUGGCAUCAAGGCCAUGGCUGACUCUGGAUCUGUGGCGGUCAUUCUACCUACAACUGCUUAUAUCCUCAGGCUGACUCCUCCCCCUGCCAGAAAGAUGAUUGACAGCGGCGUGGUGGUUGCCCUGGGAAGCGACUUCAACCCAAACGCCUUCUGUCUAUCCAUGCCAAUGACGAUGCACCUGGCCUGUGUGAACUUCCGCAUGUCGAUGAACGAGUCCCUAGCGGCUGCCACGAUAAAUGCAGCGGCGUCGCUAGGGAGGGCGGAGACCCACGGGUCACUCGAGGUGGGGAAAGUGGGAGACCUGGUCAUCAUCGACGCUCCAAGGUGGGAACACCUGAUCUAUCAGCUGGCAGGUCACGACCAUCUCAUCAAGUAUGUGGUUAAGAAGGGGGAGGUCAUCCACAGUGCAGCAUGACAGACUCUACAUCCGCAUCUUUCCUAAAACUAUCGCAGAGUGGAGCUCACUGUCACCAAGUACAGUAGGGGCAUUAUCAUUAGAUAGCUUUAAACAAUGUUUAGAG